CAUAGGGACAGGAAAUGUAAGAGGAAGUCUUGGGCGGUGAGUGUGUAAUUUGCUACAGCUUCUCUGAAACCACACAUUUAUUUGAGUGACUACAUGUGCGAGAAGGAGAGAGAAGAAGAACAGAAGAACGUUCUAGAACCAUCUAUAUCCCCACAGAAGUCAAGCACUAACAGUUAGGUAGGAGAGUAACUUGUGCGUUUGUCGAAUGUUUGUUUGCUCAACCGUGUGUCUGUUGAGGCAGGAAGCAUACAUCGCAAGGAAAGAUUGUGUGUUUGUAUGCAUGUUGCCAUGACGAAAGCAGCACUCAUCAAACUCUUCAUAUUGUUCAUCCUCGCCUUCAUCAUCUGCCUACCAGAAUUCUUCAUUACAACUAGAGCAGUGUUGAGAGUGAACCUCCACUGUCACCGCUAUGAUCCCUGUGACGGGCUGGACAGAGGAGAGAGGGCGGAUAAGGGAAGGGGGGAGAGUGGGAUUAAGGAGUUUUGUGACUCCCCUCUGGUCCCCGGAGGUCAGGGUGGCAUGGCUUCUGAAAAGCCUCUCUGCUUCAAGAACAAUACGAACAGGAAGAAAAACAGGAAUAGUACAGUAACCACCAGUGGCCAUGCAGACAGUGGCUGGUAUAUGUGUGACGUGGAUGUGGACUUUCUGGAUCUCCAUGGCAAUGCCUCUCUCUCAGGUGAGAGUGUAGAGUUGUGGAUGGUGGUCCAGUCAGUAAACGUCACCCUCUAUAGCCACCUCAAGCAUGGCUCUAUAAUAAACACACCAGAGGACCAGAGAGAGGAAGAGGAGACAGUGAGAUUAUUAAACUGCUGCCUUCCAGGCUUACACACUUACAAAUCAACCAAUCACAGCAAGUGUCUCCUCCAAAUGACCAAUCAGAAGAUCCUGGAGUCCCAGACACAGUCACCGACACCCCCCCAGAGAAAUGAGGGUUGGUGUGUGUACAGGAUGCUGUAUCUGGCUCUUCCCUGUGUCGUCCUGCUACUGGUCCUCACCUUCAUCCUGAGUCAGCUAGAAUGGAAGAGGUUCUGCUGCCACAAGAAACUCAAUAUCUUCCCUGCCAGACUCUACAAAGCAAGAGCACCCAUAAUUGAUGAAAGGGGGCUGAAGAUGAAGAUUGCCACUACUCUCAAUGGAGGCUUAACCAGUGUCUACGAGUCCCAUUGUCCAAUAACAGACUUCGACAAGGACUACAGAUCCCGUUGUCCAACUCUAUCACCCAUUCAUGAGUCUGCAGAGGAAUAACACCAUCAGAGGUUACUGUGACCACAAAGCCCAUCUUCAGCAUCAUAGUCUUCUUCCUCCCUUUCCUCUCUUACUCCUUCUUUCCUCCUCCCUUCUUUCUUUCCUUCCUUCCCUCCCUCCCUUCCUCAUUCUCCCCUACCCUCUUCUCCCUCCUCUCUACUCCCUUCCUUCCCCCGCUCCACUCCUCCCCUCCUAUUUACUCCUCCCUCCCCCAUCUCCAAUCCUCCCUUCCCCCUUUUCACUCCUACCUCUCCACUCCUCCCUCCCCUGUCCUUCGACAUCAUGGAAAGGUAACAGCUGCAGAGAAGAGGAAGGGGAGAGAAGUGCCAGGCCUUCUCUUUUCGCUAUUUGACAUCUAUUGAUAGUUUUUAUGGAAAAUGUUGCAUCCUGUUUAUAGUAUUAUUGUCAGUGUGUAUAAGCUUCCUGUUUAUUGCUUACAUAAUAAAUCAUGAAGU